CCCUCUCGUCUGGUCAUUGUUUACAGCUCGGACAGCAAGCAAACAGCAAUCACUACACAGAGUCGUCUUAGUCAGCCUCGUUGUCUUUGGCACGCGACCUUGCACAUUGUCACGAACACUAGGCGACACUCAGCUUUGCCUCUGUCACCAUACGCAGCCCCGCGCACCUAUAUACCGACAUCUAUCGACCUCAGUGUCGAUUUUACGCUGUAUCUAUAGACAUCGAGAAUGCGUGAAAGCAACUUCUCGUUCCCGUCCCAGAACCGAGCCUGUGUAUGCAUAACGUCACAGCUUUACGACCGCCGAGCACUCGACACCAAUGCCGCAUUACCACUCCUCAAUUCCCUCACGCAUCUCACUUAUUUAACCUCCACUUCACCCCGAAUACGCGAGAUUCUCACCCUCGACGGAGGGUUAGAGCGUCUCGUUCGUGUUCUCCGCCAGUAUUGUGCAAACCCCGUAUCCCCAUCUCCUGGUUUACAAAUUUACCACCUGGUAUGCUCGGCCGUCGAUAUUCAAGAGCGCAAACCAGGGCAACCGAUUUUAACCGCUGCAUCUGGACCCAAUGUUGACCGAGCCAAGACGUACCAAUUUAGCCUCGCGUUCCAGUGUGUGGUCAAUAUCGGUGUUCGUGGGUCGGAGAUAAUUCGAUCACGAGUCGUUCAGGCGGGGAUGUUGGAUGUUGUUGCCAGCGUGCUGGAAACAUGGCUGAAAAGCAAAGGGUUCGCGCUGGGGCCCAGCCCCACUGGCAGUGGUGCACCGAGGGAGACGCGAGAACAGCGUCAGGCGAGGCGCGCUGCUCGAGAACGAGAGCUACAAGCAAGGGAGCUCAGGUUGGCGAUCCAGAGCCACCUUAUCGCGGGACGGACCAUCCACCCGGCUGUUCUUACGAUAGCAAACCAGGCCCCUCAGCAAGCACUCUUGUUCAGUCCAAGCCCAUCGAUGAAUGUCAAUUUGCCUGCCGUCGCCAACAUGUUCCAUGCUGCUAUCGUCGAGGAGCCAACAAGCGCUGGGAGUCAUAGUGCCAUGACGAGCGGUGAUGAGGCAGGGAGCGCUGACGCAGACGGGGAUGAAGAGAUGGUGGACUCGAUCCCAGGACGAGACGAGCCGAUACGCCCGAUCCCUCUUAUUGCUGGAUCCCGUCCACCGUCAAUGCAGCUCGCGCGACCGAUGCACGACCCAGAGCCCGAUUCCCGCCCGCAUUCUGCAGCUUCGACCGAAACGAGCGCUGAGAGUACACCUGUGCGGUCAAGAACGCCCACGGCGUCAGUCCUUGUCAGUGGACGAGAUAGGAGCGGCACAGUCGUUGGUCGACCAACGUGGGAUUCGAUUCCUUCUGUUUCAGAGCAGCCAGAGGGAAGGCGAAGGCGCAGUAGGAGGACGGAGGAAGAGGAAGAUGACAACGAUGCGAUGGAUGUGGAGAGCGAGGCGGAGCCACCCACUGCCAAUUCCCAGCAUACCCGCGCCGUCGGGAUCGUCGAUAUCGGAGAGGAAGGCAUGAACAUGAUGCUUUCCCCUGGUAUGGACAUUCCCGGGGCAGGGGUCGCCCAAGGCUUCGUCACGUUAGAACCGAAUGACGACCUGGCCAUGGGAGCUCCCCCCGGUGCUCCUGGUGCUCAUACACCAACACCGCUCAUCACCAUGCCGAUGACCAAUGACAACGUACCCCGUCAAUGGGAAGACAUGACGCCUCGAGCGGCGUUCCUCAACUUACCAAACGUGCGCGUGCAACAGCGCAUCUUUGCGCAGCCGCCAACCAAUCCCUUGAACCGCGGUGGGACCGUCCAGCGCACCCUGGAGAGUCUGACUAACCAGAGUACCAUCAACGCAGACGGGAAACCCGAACCAGUCAAAUACCGUGACGACGACGUGUUGAUCGCCCUGCAACUCCUAGCAUACCUCAGCAAAUACCCACACGUCCGUCAAGCAUUCUAUAGACCGCGCGACCCAUACUACCCUGCACCGCCCACUGAAGAGCCCAAGCCACAAGAAGGGAACGAGGAUGUCGAAGUUGCGAGUACUGUAGAUGAGCCCCGGCGCCCACGCAAGGUCACACCAGCCAAGCAGUCCAAUGGCUCGAAGGUCACAAGGCCCGCUGUUUCUGGCCCACCACAGCCUGGCGAAUCGUCCAACUUACCGUUGCGCUCAUCCUUGUCCACUACGCAAAACGUAUUCUCUCUUGUCGAGAGGUUCACCUUCCGCCCUUCCCCGUCUGAACCGAAUCUUCCCGCUCUGCCGAAGGAUAUCCAGUACUGGGCGGGUGUGAUCAUGCGCAAUGCGUGCCGGAAGGACGAGUCGCGUGGCGGAAUCCGGCAGUGUGCGAACAUGUCCUGUGGACGGUGGGAGGAAUUCCCGCGCGAAUUCGCCAAGUGCCGUCGCUGCAGGAAGGCAAAGUACUGCGGGAAGGAGUGCCAAAGCCGCGCUUGGGCAGAGGGCCAUAGGUUCUGGUGCAAUCAGCGAGAUGAUAAUAAUGGCGAGGGGAGCUCGACGGUCCCCGCGGGCCGUACUCCUGGUGUCCAAGAUGGCCUGGCCACAGCGCCACAUGCACUUGUUCCUAUUCCCGAACCCGAUGCUGCAAAUCGACCUGUGGGGGCGCCGUUCAUUGCUCCCACGCCAACUCCGACUCCCGCCCCAACCAUCACCAUUAUCCCGCCCCCGGGUGUGGUCGGCGGACCUGCUGGGGACUCGAUUUCGGCAUCUCGGGCAGCGCAACAACAGCAGGGCCAGCAGCCACCGUUGCAGCGCGCCCAAGGGGUACCUCGAGGAGGCGUGCGGAUCGUCAAUGCGGGCAACUUGUUCCGUCUCGGGUGACUUCCCAUCCUCCUCCCGAUUCUGUUCGUUGCGCUCGCCACGGUUUUGGACUGGAUCUACGCAAGGGAGGAGACAGCAAACUCCCACCCGUUCCCUCUGUGAUGAGCUUGGACAGGCUCAUUACUCGUUCCCCUACCAUCGGCUGGUCAACUCACGUGCUUCCAGCCCACGGCGCUCUCGAGGCGCUCCCCUCCCUCACCCUGUCGACUGCCUUCCACCCCAUCCAGUCCUGUACCCUGCCCUCGAACAUCCCAUUUUUACCCCAGUACCCUGUCCAUUCCUUACCUCCAAUUCUUGCCAGCUCUCGCAAUGUCCCACUACGAUCCUGCAUGUAUUUCUCGUUCUUUUCAUUUUUACACGGUCUGUCUACCCAUUCAUCCAGAUUUACUACUCUUUGCACAGAAGUCUUCCAGCACUUAACGUUCUCACGACGGGGUUGGUCGGACUCUGGCCGUUCAGACCGGAACCGCCUUGUUCGCUUCGGCAGGAUGGUUAUUAACUACCCGGGGGCGUAGCUCUGUAUGAAAUGUAUAGGACCAUAUGGAGCUGCGGGCAACAAUACAACGGACAUAGGACGUCACCACCUGACGGAGAAGUAAAUAAGCACUGAACUAAGGAGAUCAAAUGCCAUGGAACUGAGUGACUAGAAACGCGUGAAACUAUUCUUCAUUAGAAGAGC